AUGGCUUAUCUUAAAGUAGUUAGAGAUGCGAAUGCAAUUAAGCUGUUUCGGUGCAAAACGAUCAAGUGCUCUUUGUUAAUUAUGUUGUGUUCUUUGUUAGUAGUGUUAGGUAGUGUUAGGCAGCUUUGUAGUAAUGAUGAUAGCAGUGACGGUAAUAGAGAUGAUGAUAGCAUCGACGGUAAUAGUAAUGAUGAUAGCAGUGACAGUAAUAGUGAUGAAGUUGUUACGGAGGAGAUAGCUUACAUAGACGAAGGCGGUUGGUGUAAAUCAACUAUCAUGACUAAUCGUUUACUUGCAUUUGGAUUUAGGCUUAGCUCUGAGAACCAGGUCGUACAAAUUAAGCCCUACACUCCAGAAGAAACAGUGCCAGCACUAUCAGUUCCGGAUAAUAUUACAAAUCCCAGUUUGAUGAACUCUACAGAAAAGACUACCAGUUACAUAGUAAAAUGCCCCGAAUCAAAGCUAACAGUAAUAAGCCCCGAGGUUAAUGACGUACACCAAUUGUGUCUAAAUUUGGCUAAGUUGAAAGAUGUUGCUGUUAUUCGACUCACCAAGGUACAGUUUAAAUGUAAAGCAAACUUCGCAAGUAGUUAUACGGCCUUAUUACACGUUAUAUCUCGAAUUGUCAACAUGCUAGAGUGUGAGAGUCUGGAAUUAAAGUUAUUAGAAUCUGAGACAAUAAGCCAUUAUACUUCGCCUGGUUUAGAGUCGAGUUUGGAAGAAAUAAGAAAGGCAAACCGGUAUGUUGGCUCUAACUCAAAAUACAGUCUCAUAAUUGAUGACGACGACUUUUAUCAAUACCUUCCGAAUCUUAAGGAUUUAGGUAUUCCCCUUCUACGCCUAAUUUCCAAUCUUACUCUGUGGUAUGCAGAAGUUACUCUUGACCACUACUUGCCAUGGUUGCCCUUAGCAAACAACUACACCCUCUGUUUGCGCGAGCUCGGUAGCACUAACCAUAUUGACUUCGUUGCCCUCCACAAUCAAAAUAUCAAAUGCCGAAAGAUUAUUGUUCUUAAUAUGCUUGCCAAUCUAACUCUAGUUGGCCUUGAAAAUGCUACUGCAGAUAUCCAUCCCAAAAUAACCCUAGAGCUGUAUUGGCGUAACCUUCGAUAUUUGUGCUAUUAUAAUGAGUCUAAAAUUAGUGUCUACUCUAUUAUAGCUAUGGCUUCAGACCCGCUAGAUGAUGUAGUGGCGUCUAUGCUUCUUCAAGUAGACUCUUCUCCUACUUGCCGGGUCAUUACCACCAAACUAACUACCCAAGCCCCGGGCGCGAAACAUUGUUGUGUUGAAGACAAAGGUACCCAAUACUGUAGAAAACGUGCCUGUGCUAAGGAGGGUAUUUCGUUUAAAAGAUACACGGUUGAGUAUAUAAGUGGAUGUGGUGGCCUGUUAGAUACGUUAAAGGUGCUAAAAUAUGAUCUACAUGCUCUGUAUAACACGUCGAUAGAAGAUCUGAAAUCGAAAGGAGUCAAAUGUCCUGGUAAAGUUCGCCGGGGUAAAAUGUGGAAGCUUCAAGAACCAGUCAAUCUCCAGCUCAAGAUUGUCGAACUAAUGUACCAAUCGCGCAGUUAUGGCCAGAAGAAGAAACCCGCUCCAUUUUGCCAGAAUAUACAUUACACAACCAUUAACAUUAGUGGACCGCCAAUAUCAGAGCAUAGGAUUGUUGUGUCUUGCCAGGAUCUUUUAGAUCGGUUUGUUAACAUCACCGCCAGCAAACUUAAAAUAGCGAAUGUCUAUUCUGAAUAUGCAGACAUGAUCGAAUGUAGCCUAUCUAACAAAGGAGAAAAUAACCAAGCCUCCAAAAGACCCCGACGCCACCUUAAUCUUGAGACUUUGGUACUCGAUAAUGUCGACAACCAAAUUAUCUCCAAACUAUUGAACGAAUACACCUUUGUUAGUCCCGUGGAAGUGCAUAUUCUGAACCAACGCUACCCGAACCUUGAGAUUGCCUGGAUUCUCUCCCAUCCUAUAGGCCAAAAGAUCACUAAACUUGUGCUUAAUGGCUUUGUUGACUUAAAUGACGUGAAGUAUUACGAGGAGUAUAAGAAAGAAGAUAGGCUCGCGGAACUCCCACUGUUCAAGUACAUAGAAACAAUGAAAGCCAAAGACAAAAGCGAUCCUGCCACUGGUCUUGGUCUUAAUAGACUGAUUCUGCAACUGGAAGGUGUCAAUUGCAGUAAGUAUACUGAAGUCUUAGCCGAGUUUGAGAAGCUCGGUAUUCGAUGCCAAGUUGUUCCUUUUGCGGCCUACGUCAAUCGUCCCAUAGAUAAGUACAAAGAGUAUCUAAUGGCAGCCACUCAAUAUUCGUUGGAAAAUAGCGAGUUCGAGAUUAAACAGCAGCUACAACUCUACGACAUUAAUCUAAAGGAUUUAGAAGCAGAUCUUAUUGAUCGCUACGAGAAAGCAACACUAGAAGCAAAUUCAAAUCACUCCCAAAAACCCCCUAUCCAGAAGACUCCCGUUAAUGACCUAUCGUUAUAUUUCUGUGAGGAUCAAUUCUUAACUGAGAAAGAUUUCGUGAAUAUUCUUAGGUGGAUUGCCUGCCAAUUUACAGAUGUGAAGACAUUGAUUCUAUACAAUCUGAAGACUUCAGAUGAUGAGCAAAAUAUCAUAUCCUCAUGUAACUACUUCACUGCCGGCCUAGAUACGCUUGAGUUUAUUGAAAUAAGAGAUGGAAAACAAGACAUUCAAUUGAAAACGCACACAACGCACAAUAUCAGAUUGGCCGAGUUUACUACCUAUAAGCCAGGUAUACUUGUAAUGGAACAUACAAUGCUCCCUCGCAUUCUUGGUCAGAAUCUCGCAGAGAUGAAUCCCGAGUCAUGUUUGUACAAGUU